AUGCCUGGUACCCUCAGUACCGUGCUGUGCGUAGGGGGGGCCUGUUACAAGCACGGGCUAGACCUCGCCCUGAGCCGCGAGAAGGCGGCCUGGGCGAAGCUCCUCGCCGACCAUAAUGCCACCAUCGCCGAGAAGCGGGCGGUGGAGGACUUCGUCCGGGCCAAGGCCCUGGCCGACUACACGGCCGCCCUCGCCGCCGCUGCCCCUGCCGACACUUUGGCCGCCGCUUUUGCCGCCGCCCAGGCCGAGAGGGGCUUUGUCCGGGCGAAGGCCCUCGCCGACCACACGGCCGGCCUUGCCGCCGCCACCACCAGCACGCCGGCGUUGUGUGGAUUGGGCUACGCUUUCUGCUAG